CCCGCGAACUCCGGCGGCGGCUGAGGCGACGGCUGCGGCGGCCCGAGCAGCAUGCCGAGGAGGAAGCAGCAGGCCCCCCGGCGCUCGGCAGCUUACGUUCCUGAGGAAGAGUUGAAGGCAGCGGCAAUAGAUGAAGAGCGCGUGGAGGACGAUGGGCUGUCUUUGGACAUUCAGGAAAGCGAGUACGUGUGCAACGAGGAGACAGAGAUCAAAGAGGCCCAGAGCUACCAGAACUCCCCGGUCAGCACUGCGACUAAUCAGGACGCCGGCUACGGGUCGCCUUUCAGCGAAAGCAGCGACCAGCUAGCCCAUUUCAAAAGCUCUUCCUCCAGAGAGGAGAAGGAGGACCCACGGUGCGCGGACAGCGUCUCGUACCCCCAGGACAGCUUGGCGCAAAUCAAAGCCGUGUAUGCAAACCUGUUCUCGGAGUCUUGCUGGUCCAGCUUAGCUCUGGAUUUAAAGAAGUCCAGUUCGACCACCAGCACCAGCGAUGUCAGCCGGAAGGAGAGCGCCACCCCCGCCCCCACGCCCCCCACCUGCACGGCCAGCACCACCGCGAGCACACCCAGCACCAGCUGCAGCACUAGCACCAGCCACGCCAGCACCACCAGUAGCAGCGGCAGCUCCGGCUACGACUGGCACCAGGCCGCCCUGGCCAAGACGCUGCAGCAGACGCCCUCGUACGGGCUGCUCCCCGAGCCCAGCCUGUUCAGCACCGUGCAGCUCUACCGGCAGAACAACAAGCUGUACGGCUCCGUGUUCACCGGCGCCAGUAAGUUCCGGUGCAAAGACUGCAGUGCCGCGUAUGACACGCUGGUGGAACUGACGGUGCACAUGAACGAGACGGGACACUACCGCGAUGACAACAGGGACAAGGACUCAGAGAAGACCAAGCGGUGGUCCAAGCCCAGGAAGCGCUCGCUGAUGGAGAUGGAGGGGAAGGAGGACGCCCAGAAGGUGCUGAAGUGCAUGUACUGUGGACACUCCUUUGAGUCCUUGCAAGACCUCAGCGUCCACAUGAUCAAAACCAAGCAUUACCAGAAAGUGCCUCUGAAGGAGCCAGUGCCAGCCAUCACCAAACUGGUCCCUUCUACCAAAAAGCGAGCACUGCAGGACCUGGCGCCCCCUUGUUCUCCCGAGCCAGCGGGCCUGGCGGCAGAAGUUGCACUGAGCGAGUCGGCCAAGGACCAGAAGGCGGCAAACCCGUACGUCACGCCCAAUAACCGCUACGGCUACCAGAACGGUGCUAGUUACACCUGGCAGUUCGAGGCCCGCAAAGCGCAGAUCCUCAAGUGCAUGGAGUGUGGCAGCUCCCACGACACCUUGCAGCAGCUCACCGCUCACAUGAUGGUCACCGGCCACUUCUUAAAAGUGACGACCUCGGCCUCCAAGAAAGGGAAGCAGCUGGUGCUGGACCCCGUGGUGGAAGAGAAGAUCCAGUCCAUCCCCCUGCCGCCCACGACGCACACCCGGCUGCCCGCCUCCAGCAUCAAAAAGCAGCCGGACUCCCCCGCGGGGUCCACGACUUCCGAGGAGAAGAAAGAGCCGGAGAAGGAGAAGGCGCCGGUGGCCGGUGACGCGGACAAGAUCAAGGAGGAGAGUGAGGACGCCCCGGAGAAGUUUGAGCCCACCACACUCUACCCGUACCUGCGCGAGGAGGACCUGGACGACAGCCCCAAGGGCGGCGUCGACAUUCUGAAGUCCCUCGAGAACACCGUCUCCACGGCCAUCAGCAAAGCCCAGAACGGUGCGCCCUCGUGGGGCGGCUACCCCAGCAUCCACGCGGCCUACCAGCUGCCGAGUACCGUGAAGCCGCUGCAGGCGGCCGUGCAGAGCGUGCAGGUGCAGCCGUCCUACGCCGGGGGCGUGAAGGCGCUGACCUCCGCAGAGCACAACGCCCUCCUGCACUCCCCGGGGAGCCUCACGCCCCCGCCGCACAAGAGCAACGUGUCUGCCAUGGAGGAGCUGGUGGAGAAGGUCACCGGCAAGGCCAGCGUCAAGAAGGAGGAGAGACCCCCCGAGAAGGAGAAGAGCCCCCCGGCCAAGGCUGUGUCCCCCGUGGCAAAAGAGAAUAAAGAUUUUCCUAAAACGGAGGAAAUCAGCGGCAAACAACAGAAGAAGGGCCCCGAUGCCGAGGCCGGGAAGGCCAAAAAGGAGGGUCCGGUGGAUGCUCACACCCCAAAUGGCACAGAGCCUCUCAAAGCCAAGGUCACCAAUGGUUGUAACAACUUGGGGAUCAUCACAGACCACUCGCCGGAACCUUCCUUCAUCAACCCCCUGAGCGCUCUGCAGUCCAUCAUGAACACCCACCUGGGCAAGGUGUCCAAGCCCAUGAGCCCCUCCCUGGACCCGCUGGCCAUGCUGUACAAGAUCAGCAACAGCAUGCUGGACAAGCCGGUCUACCCGCCCGCCCCGGUGAAGCAGGCUGACGCCAUUGACCGCUACUACUACGAGAACAGCGAUCAGCCCAUCGACUUGACCAAGUCCAAGAACAAGCCCCUGGUUUCCAGCGUGGCUGAUUCGGUCGCGUCGCCUCUUCGGGAAAGCGCUCUCAUGGACAUCUCUGACAUGGUGAAGAACCUCACGGGCCGCCUGACCCCCAAGUCCUCGACGCCCUCCACGGUGUCGGAGAAGUCGGACGCGGACGGCAGCAGCUUUGAGGAGGCGCUGGACGAGCUGUCGCCGGUGCACAAGCGGAAGGGGCGGCAGUCCAACUGGAACCCGCAGCACCUGCUGAUCCUGCAGGCCCAGUUUGCGUCCAGCCUGCGGGAGACCGCGGAGGGCAAGUACAUCAUGUCGGACCUGGGCCCGCAGGAGCGCGUGCACAUCUCCAAGUUCACCGGCCUCUCCAUGACCACCAUCAGCCAUUGGCUGGCCAACGUGAAGUACCAGCUGAGGAGGACAGGGGGGACGAAGUUCCUGAAGAACCUGGACACAGGGCAUCCUGUUUUCUUUUGCAACGAUUGUGCCUCUCAAUUCAGAACUGCUUCCACGUACAUAAGUCAUCUGGAGACGCACUUGGGCUUCAGCCUGAAGGAUCUCUCCAAGCUGCCACUCAAUCAGAUUCAAGAACAGCAGAAUGUUUCCAAAGUCCUCGCAAACAAGACUUUGGGCCCGCUGGGGGCUGCCGAGGAGGACCUGGGCUCCACAUUCCAGUGUAAACUCUGCAAUCGGACUUUCGCCAGCAAGCAUGCGGUCAAACUGCACCUUAGUAAGACCCACGGCAAGUCCCCCGAGGACCACCUGAUCUACGUGACCGAGCUGGAGAAGCAGUAGCGUCCAGGAACGCAAGGGACCGCGGAACGUUGCACUAGACGGCGUCGUCGUACUGCACUAGGCCUGGCCUGAGCCUCUAAAGUCAGUCUUUCCUUUGUUGCUGAACUGCCUAUCUGGACCUUGGUUUUCUUACACAUAUUUUGUAGUUAUAUUUAUAUGCUCUUUGUCUGAUCUGUGCAUGUUAUUUUUCUUUUUCCGUGAGUCAAAGUCUGACCUUUAUUUUCAACAUCUGUUCUUGGUGUUAAGCUAUCUUCUGUAGGAAAUAGUGGGGCACACUGCUCAGAGACGUUAUUUAGCAGUAAAGAAAGACACAAAUAACAAUGAUAAAAAGACAUCCUAAAAUUACGAAGUUGCCAUGACAAUAAAGGUCAUAGAACCUGGUAGUGUCAAAUUUAACCCUUUGAGGACUGUAAUCGCAUUUCUGUGCCUUUCACUCGAGAGAAAAAAAAAGAAAAAGAAAAAAAAGGCUUAAAGGCAUUUCAUUCAGAUCAAAAGCUGUGUCAGACACAAAACUUAUUUAAUAAUUAAAAAAUGAGCUUUUAUAUGCAGAACUGGUGUGUGAGGGAAACAUGCAUGCAGCUGUCGGAAGAUAGGAAGCUGUCUAGGACUCACGGGGUUAGGAAGCCGCCACUUCACGUGUUUAAAACAAAAACAAAACAAAAAAACAUAAACAACAGCAACAACAAAUACCCCAGUCGCCACUAUGCCCAAACCCUCUGGAUGCUGAAAAAUGCCACUUUUGGCAAAAAAAGUAUGCAAGCUAUUAUUUAAAAAUGUGUAAAAAUGCUAUUUCUUUUUUCCUGUAAGAUACUGCGGUUUAUAGUUAUUUACAAAUGUAAGCUUUGGUACAAGCUGACCUUUCUAUAGCGUGCUGCAUUGGUAAAUGAAAAAAAAAAAUGGGGCAAACGUUGGAGUCCUUUCCUUGUAAAUUGCCAGCAUCAGCUUAAAAACUCCUGUAUGUUACAUAUCGUACCAUUUUAAUCUAUUCAACUUUCUUUGUACCUUCUGGCUGUAUGCUUUCUCUUUUAACUUUUUAUAUUGUCAUUUUAUAUUAAAUUUCUGUGUAUAUAAUGUAAAACCACAAUUUUUGAAUAAAAUUUAGUUCCUGCAGCUUGAUUUAAAUAGAGAAAUUUUACUGGCACCUGCAUCUCUCCAGAUGCAUGUACUCAGAGGAACUAUCAGACAGAAAUAAAUAAUAAAAACAAAGCAAGCAAUGCACUAUUCAUUAUACCUUUUGAUGUUCUAUCAUUAAUAUUGUACAGUACAUUUUGGUUCACACAAUUAAAUCCACUGUUUUCUCAAAUGUAAAAUAAACCCACAUGCAGUUCUUGAUUUA